AGCCGGGGCGCGAUAGGGACGUCUGCCGGCCGCCUCUCCGUGGGAGCGCUGCCGGCCGGCGCACGUGCCCUCGUGCAGUCCAGGAGCACUGCGCUGCGCCACCGCCACUGAUAGAUGACGGUAUAUAAGCGCCAAGGGCGCGCAUCCGGUAGGUUCUUCUCGUGGGACCCGACUUAUCCGCAAAAGCCACACACCAUGCGCGCCGCCGUGCUCGUGCUGCUCGUUGGAGCCGCCUCCUCCUUCGUGGAGCAGUCCGAGUGGAACAACUUCAAGCUGAAGCAUGCCAAGUCCUACGCCAACCCCAUCGAGGAGUUCUACCGAAUGAAGGUUUACGCCGACAACAAGGCCUACAUCGAGCAGCACAUGAAGGAGCAUGCCGAGGGCAAGCACACCUUCACCGUGGCGCUCAACAAGUUCGCCGACCUGACCACCGAGGAGUGGAGCCGCCAGUACAAGGGCCUCAAGAUGGGCAGCACCACUCCCCACAAGGCGUACGAGCCCUCUGGCAAGACGGCGCCGAGCAGCAUGGACUGGCGUCAGUACGGCGUGGUGACCGGCGUCAAGGACCAGGGCCAGUGCGGCUCGUGCUGGUCGUUCUCUGCCACCGGUGCCCUGGAGGGCGCCUGGGCGCGCGCCGGCAACUCCCUGAUCUCGCUGAGCGAGCAGCAGCUGGUGGAUUGCUCCCGGCCCUACGGCAACCAGGGCUGCAACGGCGGCUGGAUGGACCAGGCCUUCCAAUACAUCUACGACAACGGCGGCAUCCAGUCGGAGGCGUCGUACCCGUACGAGGCGCGUGACGGCUCGUGCCGCGCCUACGGCCAGAGCGUGGCCCGGCUCAACGGCUGGGUGGACAUUCCGUCCGGCGACGAGAACUCGAUGAUGGACGCGCUCGGCAGCUGGGGGCCCGUGUCCGUCGCCAUCGACGCCUCCAAGCAGUCGUUCCAGUUCUACUCGAGCGGCAUCUACUACGAGCCCAGCUGCUCUAGCCAGUACCUCGACCACGGCGUGCUGGCGGUCGGCUACGGUGACGGCUACUGGCUCGUCAAGAACUCGUGGGGCACCGGCUGGGGCCAGAGCGGCUACAUCUACAUGACCCGCAACGGCAGCAACCAGUGCGGCAUCGCCACCACGGCCUCGUACCCGUACUCUGUGUGAGCCCUCCCUUCUCCGAACCGGGGGCGGUUUGCGGUGAGAUGAGAAAUAAAACAGAAAGCACUA